AAUAACAAUAUUAUCUCCUCGAACAGGAGAACACACGGCGCCUCCCGCCAUGACUACAAUCUCUAUUCUCUCCUCUCUCUCACACCGCACUUUCACCUCAUACAAUGACAAAUCCUCUUCAUUUUUUCUAUUAAAACCUUUUCUCCAGUUCCAACCUCUCCAAUUCCUCCGCACUACAAAUUACUCUCAAUUCAAAACUUCAUACAAAUUCCCCAAGUCAAGUUUUCCAAUCGAAUCACAAUCUCAACUCUCCGAAGAAGAAAAUGAAGCCGAAAGUGAUGUGGAUGAGGAUGAUGACGUGGUGGCAGAAGAGUACGACGUCGUUUCUGGUGAAUUAGGUGAAGAGAGUGAAGAGGAAGAAGAAGAAGAAGAAGAAUACGAGGAAGUGGUGGUGGAGAACAACUAUGUUAAUGAGAAUAAUGAUAAUAAGUCGAGAUUUGAGGAAUUCAAGUGGCAGAGGGUUGAGAGGCUACGAAAUGAAGUGCGAGAGUUUGGUGAGGAAAUCAUUGAUGUUGAGGAGCUGUCGUCUAUUUACAAUUUCAGAAUUGAUAAAUUUCAGCGAUCAGCAAUUCAAGCAUUCUUGAGAGGUUCCUCAGUUGUAGUUUCUGCACCAACAAGCAGUGGGAAAACUUUGAUUGCUGAAGCUGCUGCAGUUGCCACUGUAGCCAAGGGAAGGAGAUUGUUCUACACUACUCCUCUCAAGGCAUUGUCAAAUCAGAAAUUCCGUGACUUCAGAGAGACAUUUGGUGACGGUAAUGUUGGGCUUCUUACUGGAGAUUCUGCAGUUAACAAAGAUGCUCAGGUUUUAAUUAUGACAACUGAGAUUUUGCGCAAUAUGCUGUACCGGAGUGUUGGAAUAACUUCGUCUGAAACUGGACUUUCACACGUGGAUGUGAUUGUUUUGGAUGAAGUACAUUACUUGAGUGACAUAUCUCGGGGCACUGUGUGGGAAGAGAUUGUUAUUUAUUGCCCUAAAGAAGUUCAACUUAUCUGUCUUUCAGCAACUGUUGCUAAUGCUGAUGAGCUGGCAGGUUGGAUUGGUCAGAUUCAUGGGAAAACUGAGUUGGUUACUUCCUCUAAGCGCCCAGUGCCCUUGACAUGGCACUUCUCUACAAAGACGGCUCUAUACCCACUUCUUGAUGAGAAAGGCACCAGCAUGAAUAGGAGGCUGUCACUCAGUUAUUUACAGAUUGAUUCAUCAGGAGAGAAUUUGAACCAGGAUGAAGGGUCUAGAAGAAGGAAACCUAGAAGACAUGGUAAUGAUGUAUCUUCCCGUGCAAAGAAUGACGCGACUACUAUUCGUCGUUCACAAGUGCCUCAAGUUAUAGACACAUUGUGGCAUCUUGAAGCUAGGGAUAUGCUUCCUGCCGUAUGGUUUAUAUUUAGCAGAAAAGGAUGUGAUGCAGCUGUCCAGUACCUGGAAGACUGCAGGCUACUGGAUGAAUGUGAGAUGAGUGAAGUAGAACUGGCCAUUAAAAGGUUCCGUGUCCAAUAUCCUGAUGCUGUGAGGGAAUCUUCAGCAAAAUUCCUUCUCCGAGGUGUUGCAGCACAUCAUGCUGGUUGUCUUCCCCUGUGGAAAUCAUUCAUAGAAGAGCUGUUUCAACGGGGGCUUGUAAAGGUUGUUUUCGCCACAGAAACGCUAGCUGCUGGAAUCAACAUGCCUGCUAGGACAGCUGUUAUUUCAUCUCUGAGCAAAAGAACUGAAAGUGGGCGUUCUCUUUUAACUUCAAAUGAAUUGCUCCAAAUGGCAGGACGUGCUGGUCGAAGAGGCAUUGAUGAAAGAGGUCACGUUGUUCUUGUUCAGACACCAUAUGAAGGGGCUGAAGAAUCCUGCAAAAUUCUCUUUUCUGGACUUGAACCUCUUGUAUCUCAGUUCACUGCUUCAUAUGGAAUGGUUCUUAAUCUUCUUGGGGGUGCUAAAGUUACACAAUCCCCCGAAUCAAAUUAUUCGAAUGUCUCUCAAUCAGGACGGACAUUGGAAGAAGCGAGAAAGUUAGUCGAGCAAAGUUUUGGAAAUUAUGUCGGGAGCAAUGUCAUGCUUGCUGCAAAGGAGGAGCUUGCUAAAAUACAAAAUGAGAUAGAGAUACUGACUUCAGAAAUCAGUGAUGAAGCUAUUGAUAAAAAGAGCCAGAAACUGUUGACAGAAUCAGCUUAUAGGGAAAUUUCUGAUCUUCAGGAAGAAUUAAGGUCAGAAAAGCGCCUCCGGACUGAACUGCGGAGAAGGGUGGAACUUGAAAGAAUGUUUUCUUUGAGACCUUUACUGAAGAAGCUAGGAGAGGCGCAUUUACCUUUUAUGUGUUUACAGUAUAGUGAUUCAGGUGGAGUUCAGCAUCAAAUCCCUGCUGUUUACUUGGGAAUGGUUGACUCAUUGAAAACUUCAAAAGUUAAGAAUCUUGUUCACGACUCUGAUUAUUUUGCACUAAGUGUAGACAUGGAUAUUUAUUUCAGAGAUGCUGAGAGUGAACAUGGUGCUGAAACAUCUUACCAUGUCGCUCUUGGUUCAGAUAAUUCAUGGUACCUUUUCACACCGAAGUGGAUCAAGACAGUUUAUAAAACAGGUUUUCCCAAUGUUGCUCUAGCUCUUGGUGAUGUUUUGCCUCGUGAAAUAAUGACAUUGCUGCUCGACAAGGAAAGCAUGCAGUGGCAAAAGGUUGCAGAAUCUGAGCUUGGCGGUCUUUGGAGCAUGGAAGGAUCUCUAGAGACGUGGUCUUGGAGUUUAAAUGUGCCAGUCUUGAGUAGUUUUUCCGAAGAUGAUGAGGUUUUAGAAUUUUCUCAAGCAUAUCAUAAUGCUGUACAAUGCUACAAAGACCAAAGAACCAAAGUUGCACGUUUGAAGAAAAAGAUAGCACGCACAGAAGGCUUUAGAGAAUAUAAGAAGAUUAUAGACAUGGCUAAGUUUACUGAGGAGAAGAUACGACGCUUGAAGGCUAGAUCACGUCGUUUGAGUACUCGCAUAGAGCAGAUUGAACCAUCAGGUUGGAAGGAGUUUCUGCAGAUCAGCAAUGUCAUACACGAAAUUAGGGCACUGGAUAUCAAUACGCAUGUAAUUUUUCCUCUUGGUGAAACUGCUGCUGCAAUUCGAGGUGAAAAUGAACUCUGGUUAGCGAUGAUUCUUCGAAAUAAAAUCCUCCUGGAUCUAAAACCUGCACAGCUUGCUGCCGUUUUCGGAAGUCUAGUGUCUGAAGGAAUUAAACUUCGACCUUGGAAGAAUAAUAGCUAUAUUUAUGAACCUUCCACCACUGUUAUGAAUGUAAUCAACUUUUUGGAUGAACAAAGGAGCUCACUUUUACAACUUCAGGAAAAACAUGGAGUGAAGAUACCUUGCUGCUUAGAUAGCCAGUUUUCUGGCAUGGUUGAAGCCUGGGCAUCUGGUCUAACUUGGAGAGAGGUUAUGAUGGACUGUGCCAUGGAUGAAGGAGAUUUAGCUCGUCUUUUACGACGAACAAUCGAUCUUUUAGCACAGGUUCCUAAAUUACCUGAUAUUGAUCCUCAACUGCAGAGCAAUGCAGUGAAAGCAUCCAGUGUCAUGGACCGUCCACCAUUAAGUGAAUUAGUGGGAUGAAAAAUUGCAUUCCAAGAAGAUUUGGCAAAUUCUAUAAUUUGUUCCUCGCUGUUAUUACCUGCUUAAGAUACAUUGCUUUGGAUACUGAAAGCUGCACGUAUAUUCUGGAGGAAACAUAGCUUCUGGCGAUAAUACCACAUAAAUUC